CGUCGCGACGCGUAACGGUAACCUUUUGUAACUCCGUGGUCUCCGUGCAGUGAAGAGCAAUGGAGGCUCAUUUCCAAUAAAAUUCCGUGGCUGUACGUAAUGUGUUAUUGAGCGUGUGAAAAGUGAAGAUUUCCGUGUGAUAGUGAUACUUUUUUCGACCGUGAACGCCAGUGAACACAUUGCCGUAGAUCUCUACUGGUAUGGAGCUAGGAGCGCACUGAUAGUGAUAGUCUACGAGAUCUUGGUUUCUAUGCAUCGCCUGCCAAAGAAGAACUGAGCCCAAUGUUUCCACACAAUUCUAGUUCACAUGAGAUUUCUACUGAAACAAAUGCCUUCGUACAAAAUUCCAAGGGGGAUGUAGUAUUAUUAAUGGCAAGUUGUCCGAGUGGGGUGGAGGAAGGGAGAAGACCAGAUAGCGUUAGGUCCUGUGAUAUCAAAUCCGCAAACAACAGUACUAUGGCACGACCUACCAGCCACCCCGUCGCCACCACCACCACCAAUGACUUCAUAACCGUCCUGCCACGCCAAUCUGGUGAGCUUGGCUCAGCGGCUGAAGGCAAGGCCUGCCAGUCAGUGGCGUCAGCAAUCACAAAAAAUCCAGCAAAUCACCUUCUAAUCUACGAUAAUAAUAAAAUAAAUAACCACAACAAUGCAGAACAUAAUCAUCACAAAUACAGAAAGCAAAACAAACCGGGUUCGCCUGGGCAGCUGGGAAGCUCCGCCGAUAACUCUAAGUCUAUUUCUAAGCUCUUAAGUGAUAAUAAGGAUAGCUUUAGUGAUCUAAGCAUUAGGGUACUACAACUAAGUCUAAAGUUAAAGGUGACAAGGGGCGAAGUACGUCAAUCUGCGGGGGAGCCUAGCCUAGUUAGGAUACCCAAGUCUGAUUGCCCCCCGUGGCUGUCGCACGAAUCGUCCGUUGUCGAGAAUUACUCCUUACUAGGGUCCCGCCUUGAUAAGGGCGAAAACAAUAACCUUAAGGCUAAUCUUAGGUUCAUAAGUAAUAAUAAUUACUCCAAAUCUGUGAUAUUGCUCAGCUCAACCCGCGACGGAGAUUACUAUCUGCUCUCCGAAAGCGGCGGUGUCAGAGAAGACACAGCUCUCGAAAAUUUUCGAUUGAAAAAUAAUUCUUCAAGCCGAUGGGAAAGUGUGAAAUUACUAGCUGUUAAGUACUCUCCUGUUACCAAGCAUGAUGGAGCGUGCAGAAAAUUGACCCAAAAUGAUCUUCAAAAUGUUAAACUUGUGAUCUUAUACUCAGAUGGCCGUCUGUUUUACGAAGAUCAUCGUCUCCAGGAUUCUCAAAAUGAUCUUGACGUUCUAGAUAUUUGGUUCAAUCGACCAAACUUUGUCACAAAACUCUUAAAACUGCAUUUUGACAAUACCGCUACAUUAGAGUUGUUGUCCCUCGCACAAGCUCAGAAUUUCGCCACCUGUUCUUCCAAUUCGCUUAUCGUUUCGACAAACGAAUCCACCUCUCUGCUGCGAUCUUUGACCGAUGAAAACCUUACGAAAGUUGAACCUUCUCGACACGCUACUGUGAACGAGCUGAUGCAACGCAUAUGUGUUCCAUUAAUGAUAGAAUGUAAGGUUUAUGUUAACGGUAGUAAUAAUAACAAUAUUGUUAUUGGAGAAGAAAUGAAUAUUAAUAACAAUAAUCCAGAUGUUAUCGAAGACAUUGUUAACGUCGCUGUGUGCUACAAGACUAGUUGUACUAUGACUACUAAUUAUAGGCUAGGGUUUCAAAAUGAUGGUAUUAGCUAUACCCAAGCAACAAUGUUUACUGUUGGUGCUCUUUCAUUUCAGGAUAACAAUAAGUCUAACAAGCCUCUACACGCUAGCUUUAAGGAUGAUAAUUAUCAAGUGUCUGCUAAGAUCGACGAUAAGUUUAACUUUAACCUUAAGUCUGUAUCUAAGUCUACGCUAAGUGUUAGGUUUAGUGAUAAGUCUGAAACGUCUCACGCUACUCGACUAAACAAAUCUGACGAAAAAAUGCACGUUCUGUCGGCUGUUAACAUUCCUACACUGACUACCUGCGAGCCUACGAUGACGCUUAAAUGCCAACCAGCCACCGUCGCAUCCCAAACUAACACUGUACCUGCCUCUCAAGUGGAGAAACACUCAAAAGUUGAUGAUAAAACUGUACUGUUGAAAUCAAGUUACCUUAAAUAUGACCACGAAUCAACUACAAGUAAUAGAAAUUCAUCAAACCAUGACCAAAAUGCUAAUGACUUCGUCUCCCUUAACGAGGAAUCUUACGAAAACGACAUUGGUUUUUCAAACACAUUGAAGAACGAUGAACAUGAUAACGAUAAUGAAGAUUAUGAUGAUGACGAUGAUGAUGACAACGACGACGAUAUCACACCCAAGAAUAUCUUACAAUCUGAAAAAUAUUACCAGAUGACAUCAUUCCACGAUGGCUGUGCUGCCCGUAACGAUGACAAUUGCAACGAUAAUGGCAAACGGUUAAACACCAACAGACCGACCUCAAAUAUCCAAAAAACGAUAGAGUUGUUUGCAAUAGUGCGUGACCUGCUCUCUAGGUAUCAAAAAGUUUACAAAAGCGACUUAGCGCAAAGUGAAAUUAUCUGUAAACAACUACAAAAAGCGCUGCAAAGUUUAUUCAAUCGUCCAUAUUCUUGCAACAAAAUGUAUCAAUCUUCACUGGAAUACAAAAAAAGGUGGGGAAUACCGAUAAUCUCUGGUCUGGCCGGGGGUGGAGAAAGUUCACUAAACACCGGAACUGCCACCAGCUGGGGAUCAGCACCACCUGCGGCGCCUAACAACAACAACAACAACGCCGCCCAAUCCGGUUGGGGUGGAACACCAGGAAAUCCACCCGUAGGCACUGGACCACCAAACAACUGGGGUGGUAAUAACGUGAAUCGACCAGUCACCGCAAAUCCCAAUCAGAAUCAGAAUCAAGGACCCAGUGGCCAGAACAUCCCAGGUGAGGGUAAUGUGAACAAAGUAACCAAUCCGAACCAAUCUCAAAAUCCGCAAUCUGGACCAACAACAUCUCAGUCAACUAACGCAACGUCAGGGAAUCAGAAUAACGGACAGUGGCCUCAGGGAAAAUCCAGCAAUCCUGGUGGAUCUGGCCAGAGUCAAUCUUCUCAGAAUAACAACAACCCGUCUCAACAAUCCACGCAGCCAGGAAGUAGCGCUAAUAACAAUCCGACUAAUAGUGCAACAUCUUCGACUGUAAACAACGCGACAACAGCUGUUGCCAACAAUCCUUCAUCAAAGCAACAACUAGAACAAUUGAACACCAUGCGAGAAGCCUUAUUCAGUCAAGACGGCUGGGGUUCUCAACAUGUGAACCAAGAUACGAGCUGGGAAGUUCCAACAUCCCCGGAACCAAGUAUGACCAAAGAUGGCGUUCCCAUGUGGAAACCACCUGUAAACAAUGGUACAGAGUUGUGGGAAGCUAACUUACGAAACGGAGGCCAACCUCCUCCUCAACAGCAAGCCAAAACACCAUGGGGACACACUCCUUCGACAAAUAUUGGCGGUACUUGGGGCGAGGAUGACGAUGCUGCUGAUUCUUCAAACAUGUGGUCUGGAGCGCCGACUCCUAAUCCGCCCAGUACAGCUCAGUGGCCUGGAGCUGCUGCCAACCAGUCCAGCGGGAUGUCCGGCGGUGGGACCAGUUGGGGCGAUCCAAGAAUGGAUCCCAGGGAUCCUCGAGACUUGAGAACUGUAGAUCCGAGAGAAAUGCGUGAUCCGCGAGAUCAUAGAAUAUCCUUGGAUCCAAGAGAUCAUAUGAGAGUAAUGGACCCCAUGAGCCGUGACCCACGAAUGCCCGAUAUGCGUGGCGAUCCGCGCGGUAUUUCUGGCCGUCUGAACGGCGCAAGUGCCGAUGCUAUGUGGGGACAACCACCAGGACCACAGCACCACCAAAUGAGUCAUCAACACCCGACGGGACCUCCUGCAAAGAUGGUAAAUCCAUCCGGUAUAAACCAGUGGGUAGCGCCACCGCCCAAAGAAAUGAUGCCAGGAAAGCCGUCUGGAUGGGAAGAGCCUUCGCCGCCUACUCAGCGUAGGAAUGUUCCAAAUUACGACGACGGUACUAGCCUCUGGGGUAAUCCAGCUCCAAACCCACGUCCGAUGCCAGGUGGCAAAGUUUCCCACUGGAAGGAGCUACCGACACCCAAUAUGGGCCGUGGAGGAAUGCCCUGCCCACCUGGUAUGCCGCAAAACCGAAUGCCUGGACAGCCAGGCAUGAAGCCAGAUGUCAGUGGCCCGAUGUGGGGUCAUCCAACCGGCCCUGGUGGAAGUGGCGGUGGAGGAGGUGCCGGAGCUGGUGGCAGCGGUACAGGCGGCGGUGGAGGUGCUGGCCGCAACGGAUCCUGGGGAGAUGGACCUCACGACACUGCUAGUUGGGAAGAUCAAAAAACACCUUCUGCUUGGAACGAGCCCCCGAUAAAUCCUCCUGCUUCAUGGGGAGGCCCGACAAGUCAUAAACCAAAACCUAUGGGACCGACCGGAGGAUGGGGGGACACAGAAAUGGACCCGACUACCAGCUGGGCUCAUCCACCGAAACAAAUGCUCACCAAAGAAGUUAUUUGGAAUAGCAGAGAGUUCAGAUAUCUCUGUGAUCUUGGGUACAAGGUACGAAUAUCUGCUACGCCGAAGGAAGACGUGGAAACUGCUUUAAGAAACCGCGAAAUGAACAGAGACGAAGCACAUGAACUUCUCAUUCAAGUACGUCCUCAGGAUCAUUGGCGUCGUCAGGACAGUCACGCUGGAUAUGAUCCUGCUAGUCAAUCUGCUGCAGCUGCCGGAUAUCCGCCAAGGUUUAAUCACGUUGCCCAACAGAUAUCUUUCCCGCCGGGGGCCGGAAUGCCUAGCGUGGGGGCCUCUGGUGGCAUGAGUGGUUCGGUCGCCAGCGCCAGUCUCCUCAAGCUCCAACAACAACAGCAACAACAAGCAGCUGUACAGUUGCAACAACAACAGCCCAGUGUCACGGCAGCGCCGCAGCCACCUUUUAAUCAGACGUCAAGAACGCCACAAAAUCAGCCCUCUACCCAACAACUCCGAAUGCUCGUACAACAAAUUCAAUUGGCUGUUCAGGAAGGCUAUUUGAAUCAUCAGAUAUUGAACCAGCCGUUGGCUCCUCAGACCUUGAUCCUACUUAACCAGCUGUUGCAGCAAAUCAAAGUGCUUCAACAAUUGCAUCAGCAACAUUCAGUGCAGUUAACGCUGAAAGGAAACAGUCAAACGGGACUGCAGAUUAGCGUACAAAUAACUAAGACUAAACAACAGAUCGCCAAUCUGCAAAAUCAAAUUGCAGUUCAACAAGCAACGUACAUGAAACAACAACAGCAGCAACAACAUCCAGCAACGCCAUCUCAAGCAUCUGAUUAUUAUAAAACAUCUGUACAUGAUCCUAUGUCUGCGUUGCAAAAUACCUUCAGUGACUUGACCAUGAACAAGGAGCCUCAAGUAAGCCAACAACAGUCUCGUUUGAAUCAGUGGAAGCUACCAUCCCUGGACAAAGAAGGCGAUCUUGGUACUAAUGAAUUUUCACGAGCUCCCGGUACUACAAGCAAACCGCCGACUACACCAGGUGGUCUCACUCAAUCACACAGCAGCCCUAACAUGAAUCCUUUACUAGGACAAGGAGACGGGACCUGGUCUUCCAGACUUGGUGACAGCGGAUGGCCAGACGCUGGUACCAGUGAUUCUACAGAUGGGAAAGACUGGCAACCCGGUGGUGCUGCUUUCACCGAUCUGGUACCAGAGUUUGAACCUGGCAAGCCAUGGAAGGGGAAUCAGAUGAAGAGCAUUGAGGAUGAUCCAAGUAUUACUCCCGGAUCAGUGGUACGCUCGCCUUUGUCGCUUGCUGCCAUUAAAGAUCCCGACGCAAUAUUUUCAUCGACCACCAAAACCUCGCCGCCACCUUCAGCCAACGCGGACACGUCGAUCCCCAGUCUGAGUAACUCGACUUGGAGUUUCAACCCGCCAGCAACGACACCCAGCGUUUUUGCCAGUUCUAAGAAUACCUGGGGUGAAUCUGCUCCACCGCCUACCGCUGUUACUUCUGAGUUAUGGGGCGCUCCGAUGAGCAAAGCUCGAGGACCUCCUCCUGGCUUAGGAAGCAAGGGCGGUGCAAGUGCCAGUAAUGGUUGGGUUGGUUUGGCCGGAGUUAAUCGAUCGUCCAGUUCAUGGGGUCUUCAAUCCGGUACCGUUGGUAACGCUGCCUGGGUCUCAACUUGGCUUUUGCUGAAAAACCUGACGCCACAAAUCGAUGGAUCUACGCUGAAGACAUUGUGCAUGCAGCAUGGGCCUGUACAAGACUUCAGACUGUAUUUGAACCACGGAAUUGCUUUGGCUAAAUAUUCGUCGAGAGAUGAAGCUAUCAAGGCACAAGGAGCACUGAACAACUGCGUUCUUGGCAACACGACAAUAUUUGCCGAAUCUCCUGCUGACAGUGAGGUUCACACACUGUUGCAACAUCUCGGCCACGGCGGUCAGCAACAAACCGCUGGAACGGCGGGUUCUGGAUGGGGUCUCAGAACUACCAGCAAAGCCGGUCCUCCCCCAGACACGUGGGGCGGUAGCUCAAGUCAGCUUUGGGGAGCCCCACCCGGUGGUAAUUCAUUAUGGAGUAACGCAGGCAUCGAUAGCGGCGAUCAACAAAGAGCUACGCCAAGCUCGUUGAAUUCUUACCUGCCCGGAGAUCUUUUGGGAGGUGAGUCCAUGUAGGCAGCUCCCAAUAUCAUGCGAAAUAAGACACGAAAUACUCAAUACAUGACGAAUGUUGAGAAAGAAUGGUAUAAAACGAUGUAACUUCGAUAAAUUUUACGACUCGUAUUUCUACUACGAUUGUGACCGUACAAGUACAUGCAUACAUACAUAUAUAUAUAUAUAUAUAUUUAUAUAUAUAUAUAUGGAUUGAUAUAUAUACACAUAUAUAUAGUAUACACAUACAUUACCUAUUUUCGAUUUUCUUUUGUCUUUUUCCUUUCAUUUCUUUUUUCUUUUUUUUCCUUCUCGUUUUGCUAGAAUUUUACUCUACUUGUUCCAAGAAUGUCGAAGGAGUUAGUGGUUGUAUUUUGAUACGUUUAUCUUGAGACCAGAUAUUAUCCAACAAUUCUACGUACAUACACAUUAUCUUAUUUUUGGUUAAGCAUCUGUACUAAAAAUAGUCGGCGAAUGUUAAUAUUACCGAUGAAAUGUGACAAUUGAGAACAUUUUUAUUGGAUUUAAAUGGAACUGUUGAAAGUCUUCUCAUAAUGUCAAUUACAUUGUAGGGACACAAAUUGGAAAAAGAAAAAAACAAAAGAAAAAAAAAAACAAUAACAAUAAUGAUGAAAGGAAAAGAAAAAACAAAGAACUACUUAACUCUUCAUUCUUUGUGAUUAAGGUCGAACAAAGAAUUGAGAAACAGCCAAAAAAAAUGUUACAAUUACAAGAGCGAUAUUUAAUUGUUAUGUGACUAAUAUAGUCUAUACACUUGAUUCAAUCGUCAUGAGAAGACUCGUGCUUCCCUAAAAAGUCAUUACAGGUUACAGGGAUCAUCUCUUGAUAUUGAUUGUGAGAUAAGUAUGCAUGCAGUUUAAAUGGAAAACACCCCGAUGAUGAGCAAAAAAAAAAAAAAAAAUUAAAAUAUACUUACACGUGUAUUUGAACAUAUGAAGUUCUAAAUUGUCAUUGAAUGAUACAUACAUUGUUGUGGCAAUUAUGGUAGAAGUGGAAAGUUUGAAAUGCUUUAGGAGAAAGGGACAAAGAAAAAUAAAAACAUAUAUAUCAAAAGGAUUUACUGUAUGCUACGACAAAAAUUUUUGGUUGUCUCUUAUUAAAUUUUGCUGUAUUGAUCCGUACAGAAUUAUUAAGUCUUAGAUCAUGUCUAAGAGUGUUCCAUUUUAUUACUCGUGCAGUCGUGAAAACUGUUUUAAAACGAGUAUCAAACUUAGACUGUACCAAUCUAAUCAAAACUUUACGAGCAUUGACGUCUCAGCUUGUUAAGCUUUUUAACAAAGCAAGGACGCAACGAUACCAAAUGUUAUCGCAAUAACAUAAAUUUUAUUAUAUUAAAAGGAAAGAGGGGGGGAGGGGGGGAGGGGGAAGCAAAAAAAAAAAAAAAAAAAUUAAACAAAAUAAAAAAAAAAUGAAACUUAUGUAAAUCUAAAAUGCCACCUGUCGUGCCAAUGUUCAAUGUGUCUCUGUACCAUUAAUUAUAGAGUUUAAAACUAAAAGCGAGAAAAGAAAAAAAAAAAGAAAACAAAACAAAACAAAAUACAACAAAAACAUUUAAAUAAAAAACUAAACUAGAAAAGAGAAGUGAAAUCUAAUUUUAAAAAGAAUACGUUCAAAUCGAAAAAUUAUAUCGCCAAAUACCCCCAAAGUAUUGGCGGGCCUCUUGUGAUAUAAAAGGGCAGAAAUGGUCGAACGAAAUCAGUGUCGGUCAUUUGAUCGUUUGUCGAAGAACCUGUUUUGCCUCGUACUGGUUCUAAUACAAACGACAAGUACGAUAAUUCAAGACACGCGCAAUAAACAGCGAAUUAAAACCUAUUUAAAAAAAAGUAAAAAUCUCCAUCCGGAGACCGAUCGACGUAUAAAAAAAGAAAAAAAAAAAUACUGCGCAAUAAAAUGAUGGAAUCACACACAUACACAUACAUACACAUCGUAUAUACGUUUAAAUGAAAGAAUAGAUAGUGUUAGAAAGAGAGAGAGAGAGAGAGAGAGAGAGAGAGAGAGAGAGAGAGAGAGAGAGAGAGAGAGAGAGAGAGAGAGAGAGAGAGAGAGAGAGAGAGAGAGAGAGAGAGAGAGAGAGAAAGAGAGAGAGAGAGAGAGAGAAAGAGAGAAAAAAAUGGAAAACUUAAUUUAAGUGACUUUAAAGUUAAGUAAAAAAUAUUAACUAUGACAAGCCAAUCUCACGACAACGCCGCUCAUAACGAGCCGUUCUAUAUUAAAUUGAUUUACUUAAUAAAUGAAUUGUGAAGAAGAAGAAGAAGUUCUAACCAAUGUAAAAAAUAUAUAUAUACAUACAUAUAUAUAUAUUAUAUAUAAUAUAAGGUAAUAAUAUUUAAUGAUUAAAAAAUACUAAAUCCACAUACUAACGAUUAUGAACAUAAGUAUAAUAAUAACGAAUAGAUAAGUAUACUAUAACUAUAUUUAACUGAAAUUAAUAAUAAAAAAAUUCAAAAAAAUACAAAAAAAAAAAAAAAAAAAAAAAAACAAGUAAUAAAAUAAAAAUACAGUAUAGUAUAAUAUUAUACAUGGUUUAAAAUGAAGAAUUAUAAACAGGCCUGUCAACAGCAGUGAUGAUACCAUACAUCUUAUUUGCGCGACAGAUUUACAUUGAUCGAACAGUAUCGCAUUUGAUUUUUAUUUCUUUUUUUUUUCUUUUUUUUUAUCUAUCUUAAAGAGAAAAAAACUCCUUUUUUCUUCUACUAACAAAGCUGUUGUUUAGCUUCGCAAAAAAAUAUUCGCGCAGAAUUGCUUUUACGAUAACGCCUGUGUAACGCAAUUAACACAAGGAAAUCCAAUCAAUUGCAAACAAACAAACACUCAAACAAACACACACACAAACAAACGCACACACACACACACACACACACACACACACACACACACACCUAAGUAUACAGACACGUCAUAUUCACAUGUAUAUAUGUCCUAAGGAAGAAUACGACAAAUGAUGGGACGAAGUUUAAUGUGUGAAAGAGCGAGAGAGAGCGAGAGAGAGAGAGAGAGAGAGAGAGAGAGAGAGAGAGAGAGAGAGAGAGAGAGAGAGAGAGAGAGAGAGAGAGAGAGAGAGAGAGAGAGAGAGAGA